AUGUUUCAAGGCGCUGAAGCAGUCGAGGCGCUGCUUCGUGGCCAAGAAAGCGCCAAUCUCUUAAAGACGAUGCUCGAACACCAGAGGACAAGCUCAGUUUCAAUCGAGCCUCUCUUCGAUACCCUUCUUGAUUCCUUCUCCUUUGCUCUCUCUCUUUUUACAUCUUCUAACACUCAGCCACACCGUGACUCUUCUCAGAGCAAAUCAACCCCCGUGACGGCCCGAAAAUCUCCCAAGAAAAACAGCAAUGAAGAAGAAUGUUUAGAGCACUACAGAGAUGAUUCACCAACUCCGCUUCACAACGAUUGUUUUACUUGGAGGAAGUACGGCCAAAAGAAAAUCAAAACGUCUUCCCACCAAAGGUGUUACUAUCGUUGUGCCUAUGCCAAAGACCGAAACUGCAACGCUACGAAGCGGGUGCAACAGAUCCAAGACACUCCUUCCGUUUACAGGACAACUUAUGUCGAAAAACACGUCUGUGAAGUUACUUCUUUUCCGGAGCCUAACGACGAUAUUGCAAACGGUUCCAAGAUGAUUCGGUUCGACACAUUCGACCAAGCCAUGCCUGACGCUGUUAUUAUGCCUGAGCUCGUUCAAGUAGAACAAGAAGCAAUUACCAUCGAAGAAGACACGGACCAAAUCAUGAACCUAGAAUUUGACAUUAACGAGCUUUUGGUGGAUGAUGAUGACCAGUUAUGGGCGUAUCAGUUUCCUCCGUUUUCUCCUGGAGAUCUCAUGUUCCUGGACGAUCUUUCUGAGUUUGAUUACAAUCCUUUCCACGUUUGAUUGAACAAGCACCCUUUUUUUCAACUUCUUCUUAUGUUCACUGGCCCGUCCCUCUGCUAAGGCACAUGAAGCAUUAGUUUUAGGCCACAUAAUAUAAAGUAA